AUGUCCGACAUCCUUGGCGCCAAUUUAUUCGAUCGAUAUUUAAAACAUGGCGGAUGUGGUCGAUUCGAUCAUCUAAAUCUCGACACUUUUGAAGAAAACGAUGGAGAAUACCCGAAAGUUCGAACUAAAAACGUCGUCGAAAGAUGUAUCUCAAUUUUGGUCGAAACUGGCGUUUAUCAAAGUCAUGGAAAUAUGAAUGGUGUUGUUCAGCCGAUUUCGAGUAUAAUUUGUGAUUUGAGCCCCGGUGAAAGAAAGCGAUUAUAUCAACCAACAUAUGUGGAAAAUGAUUUCUAUUCAGCGAUUCGAACUAUUUUGAGUAGAGAAAAAUAUCGGAAAUGA